AUGCAACACCAAGAGCAGCCCGGCUGGGCGCAGCCAUGCAUGCUUCCAACUCACGCUGUCGCUGCGUUGCACAACCCUUACGCAGGAGUUCCAUUUGCAUGGCAGCUGACAGAAACGGUGGACAAUUUCCUUGCUCGUUUGCCUCCAGCUAUGACAGCCCAGAUGCCCGAAACUCCAUGGAUAUAUAUAUGCAACCCUUACAUUCCACGCGUCGCAAAGUCGGAAGGCUUAGGACAGACGAACAAAGGCAACGAAGACGACGGGCCAGAGCAAGAAGGCGCUAGAUUAGAUGUUGUUAUCGAGGGUGGCAUGGAGCGACUGGAGCUUUUAGACACCUUUUUGCGCGAAGUUCCGAAUUUUGGUAUACCGCCAUCCACCACCGAGAGAGAGCAAAAUAAAGAGCGAUCACAAGCCACGCAGGACAUUUUACACCUUGCACAUAUUGGGAAAGUCCGUGCAGGAAAGUGGAUGAUAUUUUGCGAUGUUUUGGACGUGAAUGAGGUGUGGGAGCUUGUUGCUAAAGCUACAGCAAGCAAUGAGCUUGGGAUCGCAGCAAAAGUUGCCCCACGGCCAGAGCAAGGUGAUCCGCGGAAAGAGCGCCUGAUAUGCGUGUGCACAAAAGAUUUCAUGGACAAAGUCGACAUCGGGCGUGUUGUCCAAAGAUUGAAAGAGCUCGGGCUGGCGGACGGCAAGUUGAAAAGGAUAUACUACAAGCCCGGCGGAAACCGAUGGGGCUUGAAGGCGUCCAUCUACAACUCAUCGGAGGCAUUUCCUCGCGCUCAAGAUGUUGUGAUGACGCUAUGA